CGCAGCGUCGCCAGUGGCAUUAUGGGAGGGGGGCUAGGACUAGGAAUGGGUCUGUUUUUGGGCUCAAUGGACACUCAUAUAUUGGAUGAGGAAAUGAGUAGUAAGCAAAAAAUUGUGUACCAAGCAAAGCAGAUGGGUCGGAGGAGUUGGAGUUCCUGCAAGACUUUUGCUGUUAUGGGUUUCAUUUUCUCCGCUGCCGAAUGUGCUAUCGAGAAGGCUCGGGCGAAACAUGACACUACCAAUACAGCUGUUGCUGGAUGUGUUACUGGAGGCACAUUAUCAGCUAGAGGAGGUCCAAAAGCUGCAUGUGUUGGCUGUGCUGGCUUUGCUGCAUUUUCAGUUGUGAUUGAGAAGUUUUUAGAGAGACUUAACUAACAAUUUGCAAUGUUAUUAAUACCCAACCGGAAGCUUUUCAUCAUUCUUUCUACCUCCAAAAUUGGUGUUUGAGUAUUUAUUCUCUCUAAUUAUUAGAUUUGAGAGAGAUUUUUGUUGAAGUUGUUCUGUAUCGUGUAUUAAUAAAUGCUUUUUCUUGAUUUCCUAAAGGUGAUCACAUACAAACUUGGUUAGGUAAUACUUAGUACAAAUUAAUUUUGUUGGGCAGUAGUAUUUUUCUUGGGCAUGCUUCAUGCGCAUGUCCUUACUCUUAUAGUGCAUCCUGUAAUAAUUUAUCUCUUGUUUGAAAUGUAACCUUCCUGUUACUGGACAUACUCUCUUCUAGUUUUUCCCACUGAAUGAUGUUUUUAGGUUGUUUUUAUAGCAGCUUAUUGCGUUAUUCCAAGCA